AUGGUUUCAAUCACCACCCUCGGGAAGCGGCCCAUGAAGCGCGCACGAAGCGAUUCGGACACAUCUGGCACCGGCCCGCCAACCAAACGCCAGCGCCUUCAAUCUCCCGAUAGCGAGGGAGAAAAACGUGAUCUUCUAUCUGACUCGGAGGGACUUGCCAAGAACAAAAGUGACGCAAUCGUUUCAUUUGAGCCAAACAACUGGGAGACAUAUCUGAGCCAAGACGCAAGUGAGAGCGACGUGGUCACUUUCAUUGACCCCGGUCUGACAGAGCCCGUCGCAACGGAGUCUGACUAUGGUGAUGAGAACGUGGCCCCGCCAUAUAUCCUAACGAAGCCCGUCACAGUCAUUGCCCCGUUUUCCGAACCCAUUGAUCCCGCCGAGAUUCAAGCUCGUGAGGAGUCCUGGGCACGGUGCCAUCAACUGACGUUUCUUCUUGCCCGGGAGGUUGACAUUGCCCCAGCCGCUCCCGACGCCACGAUCACCAAUCAGCGUCUCGCGUCGCCCUUCCAGCUCAACGAUCAGUAUCAGUCCAUCGGCGCAUAUCUUGAUGAUGAAGCGGAAUCCAAGGAAAAUGACGAGGAGUCCAAAUCCGAUGCAUCGGACAUUGGGAUCUUACAGCCUCUUGAGUCCGAGGACAAAAUUGCCAACGGUUGUGACUCUGUCGUCGAUUUUCAAAUCUACAUCGACGCCGACGCGAAAUCCAACAUCUCGGACAGCAACGCUUCGGAUAAUGUCUCUGGCGAUGACAAAGUCAAGUUACUCGAGACAAACCAGGAUGUCGCUGAGGAUCUUGGUGGCGGUGAUGACAAGGAACCUUCCUCCUACGUCAUGAUUCGUCCGGAGCCGCGCAGUCCAUCCCCGGGAAGCGAAGACGACCCUUGGAUGCAUCGCCACAUCUUGAGCCCGAUUCCUGUGUCGCUGCUUCACAAGGUUUCAGAUGAUGCGUCUGGCGCUUGA